GGUUUCAUGAAAAGAUGUCCCAAAACGACCCGGGACAUUUCUCUCUUGAUAUGAACGUCACCGGUAUGUGAACAGCACAUAUGGCGAUAGUGACCUGAUUUCCAAACUAAAGUACGAAAAUUUCAGACUUUUAUCGAGUUGUUCGGGACUAUAAAAAUUUAUUGGAAAAAAAUCCGCAAUGUUGCGAUUAAUAUUAUUUCAUUUGUGUGUUACGUUUAUUAUAUGUGAUCCACUGGGGUUCCUAAGUGAAAAGGAAAAAGAAGCACUUGGGAAAAUGCAUAUUUUGGACCUUCCAGAAAAAGCACAACGUGUACUCCGCAGUGUCACGCUUCAUGGAAAUGCAACGGCUCACUGGUGUUGUAAUGUAGCCACGACAAAGAAAAUCACGGAGUCCCACUCCCAGGUCCUGUACACCAGGCAGGUCCGAGAUCGUGUGUCGCACCACCACUGUGGGUUUCUGGGACUUUCUCGCUGUGCUAGUCAUCACUAUUACUACAUAUCAGUACCACAGUACAAAACAACAUACUCCAUUAAAGUAAUUCAUACCAGCUGCCCAAACCAGAACCUGGUUUGCUGCAAAGGAUAUGUGUUGGUUGCCGGAAGUUGUGUUCCUUUGAGUGAAAUAUCUAACAUAAAAGACGACCUCAUCAACCUCCAUAAUGGCGGUGUUGUAGUCGGAUGAAACUGUAGACAAUUACAUAAACAGAAAUAAACCGCUGUGUGUUUGUAGUGCAUCAGUGUAAAAUGAAA